GUCGGCCGCAGCGGUUUAUUAGUACGCUUCAAACGAAAAUACUCAGCAAAUCGAAAAAGUAUAGUUGGUGUAAUUUUUAACGUAUUUAUGAUCGUGAGUUAUCGAACUAUCGAAAAGAAUAUAUAAUUUUUUUUUUUGCUUUGUGUGUAUUGAAGGUUAAGGAUCAAUCAUAAAAACGAAAGUAUAAUUAGCUGAUCUUCCUAAGACACUUCAUCACAAAUAAAACAUGAACUGGCUGUAUCUGAUAGCGAUAGCAGCCUUUAUGGCAGUGAGCAAUGUAAAUUCACUUUCACUAGAUCCAGUGGCCUCCACUGAAUUGGAACAAUAUAUUAAAAAGGGUGAUUGCGUGAUAUCAAUGCGACACAUACGUCCGCGUCGCAAACUACACAUCUCCAUUGAAGCACUCUUCAUGAUCGAUUUCCCAACUCUAAAGCACAAAUUAUCCUUCUUCCUCGAUCGUAUGAAUCAACGUGUCACCUUGGAUGUGACAUCAAAUGGUGCCACCGUAUCGAAACAUUUCGAAUUGCCCAACACCAACGAGACAAGCACAAUACGUUCGCUGGCAUUACACUUUCAUAAGAAUCACAUUGCCAUGUUGGUGGACUGCAAGGAGAGCUCUACGCAUGAAUUAGAUAUCAGUCUGACGGAGCUCUAUGCACAAAUGGAUACAGAUCCGGUUAUAAAGCUGUUCAGGGAACGCAAAUAUCCAUUGUACUUUGAUGGACAGCUGGAGCCGGCAUUGCAACGCACCAAUUGCCAAAAGGGUGUGCACAAGCGUAAUAAAGUCCACAUGAUGCGUACACAAGUUGCGGAGCGCGAGAAGAAUAAGAAACGCGAUGUACGCAAUUGGUUCAGCAACGAUUCCAGCGAUAAACAUCACGAUGAGGAGCGUACACCAAUUGAGGUUGAGCAACGCGGUGACAUUCCCAUAAUGCAUGGCGAUUGUGAAGACGCCCUCGCAAAAUCACUGAGCGACCUAAUGGAAUUGGUGAAACUUUUACGCGAAGAUAUUGCCAACCAACGUCAAGAGAUUUCCUACCUACGGCGAUUACUCGAGAAUUGUGCUGGUUGCAAGGAGCCAAGCAGCGGCAGUUUGCGUUUGGAGGCAACAUGUCGUAACGCUAAUCCCUGCUAUCCAGGUGUUGAAUGCCGUGAAACGUCCAGUGGUUUGAGGUGUGGCCGUUGUCCGUUGGGACUUGUGGGCGAUGGUAAGAUUUGUAAGCCGGGCGUAACUUGUACGGAUCGUCCUUGUUUUAUUGGCGUACAGUGUCGUGACACGCUAAAUGGAGCCCAAUGCGAUGCUUGCCCCAUUGGCUACGAUGGUGAUGGUCGUUCGUGUACAAUACGCACAGCCAAUCUCUUAGUGCCCUCUCACAACGUUCAACACUAUCAACGUCAAUACACUGCACGCAAAUACUCUGUUAUUAGCACUUGAGAACAACUUUAACGAAAAUCCCGUUAGUCAACACAAAGUAGCGCAUUUAUGUGUGCGUUUUAAUUUUAGUCAAUUGUGUUUAAUAAAAUAAUAAAAUAUUUGCAACAUAACUUGCCUUAACGUAAAAUAUUUAUAUACAUACAGAUAUACUAUGUAUAUGCAUACACAUACUCGUAUGCAUGCUUUUGUUCAAGUAUUAUCGAAUCCAAAAAGUGAAAGUUUAAGAUAACAAUGCAAUAUUCUCUGUGUACAACUUAUUGAAAUUGUAACAAAUAUUUUUUUCUUAAUUUUAUUGAUGUGUGAAAUUCUAACA